AUGCUGUUCCACGGGCUCCCCGCGGGCGACGCGCAGGGAGGGAUGGACGGCGUGGAGCGGAGGGGAAAGGGCGAGUCGGGGGCCAUCAGCUCUGCCAUCGACAUGGGAGAGACCGAGACGAGCGCGGCCUCGGCGGGCGGCGAGCGCGCGGCCCUGUGCGCGGGCUGCGGGGGGCGCAUCUCGGACCGCUACUACCUGCUCGCCGUGGACAAGCAGUGGCACGUGCGCUGCCUCACGUGCUGCGAGUGCAAGUUGAACCUGGAGUCGGAGCUCACGUGCUUCAGCAAGGACGGCAGCAUCUACUGCAAGGAGGACUAUUACAGGAGGUUCUCGGUGCAGCGGUGCGCCAGAUGCCACCUGGGAAUCUCGGCGUCGGAGAUGGUGAUGCGCGCGCGCGACCUCGUGUACCACCUAAGCUGCUUCACGUGCACGACGUGCAGCAGGAUGCUGACCACGGGGGACCACUUCGGCAUGAAGGACAGCCUGGUGUACUGCCGCGUGCACUUCGAGACGCUCGUCCACGGGGAGUACCAGGCGCAUUUCAACCACGCGGACGUUGUCUCGGGCAAGGGCGGAGGGCUCGGACACGGGGCUCCCACGGCCCUCGGGCUGCCCUACUACAACGGCGUGGGCACCGUGCAGAAGGGCCGGCCGCGGAAGAGAAAGAGCCCCGGACCGGGGUCCGACCUGGCGGCCUACAACGCAGCCCUCAGCUGUAAUGAGAAUGACUGCGACCCCCUGGACCGUGACUCGCACUACAGCUCCGGCCAGAAGUCCAAGCGCAUGAGGACGUCCUUCAAGCAUCACCAGCUGCGGACCAUGAAGUCCUAUUUUGCCAUCAACCACAACCCUGAUGCCAAGGACCUGAAACAGCUUGCCCAGAAGACAGGCCUUACCAAACGGGUUCUGCAGGUCUGGUUCCAAAACGCCCGGGCAAAAUUCCGACGGAACCUCCUGCGCCAGGAAAACGGCGCGGCGGACAAGGCAUCGGAUGGAUCCACGCUACCGGGUGGGUCACCCUCUGGCCCCGCCUCUGAGAUCUCCAAUGCCUCCCUGAGUCCCUCUAGUACACCCACGACCCUCACGGACCUCACCAACCCUACCAUGCCCCCCACCGUUACCCCAGUGCUGACCUCUGUGAGCGGGGGCCUGGACCUUCACGACUCCAGAAGUCCCCCCCAGACGACUCUUACCAGUUUAUUCUGAUAUCACCUGAUUCCUUCUUCGAAGACCUUCAAGGAAAUGUACUGUAAACAAGACAGUUAAAAAAAGCAUAACGUUAUAACGUUAAAAUAUGACCACAUCUCUUAGUUUUGUCCCAAGCCUAUUUCAAAAUCUUUGUAUGUACGGCUACUAAGCCUAACAGAAAUUUUAUUUGGUUUCUUCUUUUCUGAGAACCGAAGAGACACUUUUUCCCUGUCAUCAAUAUGUUUACAGAUGGAGAAACGAAGAACUGCCUAAUAUUAGAAAAUUACUUUUGUUUCAACCACCGACACUUGUCUAGCUGUAACAUGGGCUGUGAAUUCACCAAAAGAGAGUGACAGAGAUUUGAAAGGACACACUUUAUAAUGGCAGAUUGAAAAAAAUAAAGCGAUGACAAAGGAUGGAAGACAAACUUUAUCCAA